UGCAGUCGUGUCCUUUUUACACAGACGUCAGAUGAGCGGCUCCCUUCUCAAGUUUGGACCGCUCCAUUCGCAACUAGCAGACGUUACCCCGAAGUGAACAUCUGCGUUGAGAGGGAGCCUCGGACGCUGAGCACGCACCAAGACAAAUAAAACAAAAUGCCUGGACCUGCAGUCAGUGCAACCAAUGUGGGGGCGUCGGGUCGUUCCCCCAGCAAGACUGUGGCCCCCCGUGCUGCAGGCUCCACAGUCAGACAGAGGAAAGCAACCAGCAGCAGUACCCGAAGUGGCGGCAGGACCACUGGGUCGGCCGGUACCGGAGGGAUGUGGCGCUUUUACACGGAAGACUCGCCGGGUCUCAAAGUCGGCCCAGUCCCAGUGUUGGUGAUGAGUCUGCUCUUCAUCGCCUCCGUCUUCAUGCUCCACAUCUGGGGCAAGUACACCCGCUCUUAAGCCCCUGCCUGACGACUGACUUCCGAGCCGUCUUAACACAAUGGACCAGGACCAAACUCCAGACCACCACCACCAACUCCACCUUUGCCACUCUCCUGUACAAAGCACGCAAAAUUGGAUUAGCAUGGAAGACGUUUUCGGCGCUCGCACUUUCACGCGUGUGCCGUUUGUUUCCAUUACGCCGAGUGCGGUGCUCAAGGACACUUCAGUUGAUUUCAAGCCACCCCCCACCCACCCCCCAAUACAUUAAAGGGCAUUGUUUUGUCAUUUUACUGAACAAGCAAGAACAAAGGUGCAUUUGAUUCCACAGUCAAAAGAAUAAAAUUGUCAACAAGACGAAAUUCAGUAUAAAUCACGUUGAAAAGUGAGUCAUAAACUUUUCUUGUACUUCCACUAACCAUAGACAGCGUUCACGGAGAUGAGUCGAACGUUAAUUUUCCGUAAUUUGUUGAAUUCAGGCAUACAUGAAGAAAACAAAGUGUUUUUUUUUUUUACUGCACAAUUAAAAAUGGGAUAAAAAACAAGUUGUGAUUUUUUUUUUUGUUUGUUUUUUAACUAGAUUUGAAUACCAAAAGCACUUUCAUCACUCGGUUCCACCAGCUACAUUUUGCUAAGUCAAAAUUGCUACGGUUCAUUAUUUUGUGUUGUCUCAUGACAGCCGUAGAAAACACGCAUCUCAAAUGUAAAACCAAAAAACUUUGAAUGAAUCUUUUGUCCCUCAAUUGUGAAACAAACGACUGUUCAUUUGAAGUCUUGUCACCUAUGACCUUUCAGGAACCGCUAAAAUAAAGAACACCAUAGUUUCA